GUUUGGGGAUGGGGGGGUUGAGGUGAGGGGGCUUCCUCAAGGAAUUGAGGUGGUGUACUUCAGUGAAGAGGAGGGGGUUAGGAUUAGCAUCAAUCGUUGCCUAUGGGAGAGGAAACGGGAGAAGUUUUGGGCGGUGGAAUUCCCUGUAAAGUGCCUUGAAAUAUACCGGUGUUACAGGCGUAAUGUUGGAUACAUAUUUGAUAAAAAUGUAUCAGGAAGAUUUCGGCCACUAUGGAGAAAGGCUCUAACGAGGAAGGCAAUGUGGAGGAAGGCAAUGUGGAGGAAGGCAAUGUGGAGGAAGGCACUGUGGAGGAAGGCACUGUGGAGGAAGAGGCCAGUGCUCAUCAAGUCAUCCAAGAGAAGGAGGGAGAAGAAGAGAACAAAGGCUUGGAAGAGGAUUUGCCGGAUUUCGUAGAUCUGAACGCAGAAGAGCCUGAAGGAAUGGAGGAAAUGCUAUGUCAGUCUCAUCAGUUCGGGGCAGAAGGUGGUGAUGGUAUUUUGGAUGAUGAGGACUCUGACAUUGAGCAGUUGGAAAAUGAAAAGUCUACUCAUUUGCAAGACCAAAAGAAAAUGAACUAUGUUGAAAAAGCACAUGUACGAACGCAGCAGAGAGUUUUGAAUCAGAUGAAUUUACUCUUUCAAGAGAAAGAACUGAAUGUUCAAAAAGCAAGAGAAGAAGAGAGAGAAUGCCGAAGGAGGAUCGAAGCUCUGAAGAACGAGAAAGAUGAUGUGGAAGAAGAAAUUCAGGAGCAGGAAGCAGUGAAAAACAAUGCUGCUCUGUUUCGCCUUCGGGCAAAGCACAGACGGAUAUGCGAGGAGCUUCGAGGGCAAGAAGACCUUCAGUCGGAAAUUGCUUUGACAUUGGUAGAGAAAGAACGCCAAAUGCUGCAGGUAGAGCUGGAGCAGGCAGCAUUCGCUCGCCUGAAUCAGGAAUUUCCAAGGGAUCUUGAGGUAUUCCAUGAGCAGCGCAUUUUGGAAGCUGAACACAAAGCUGAACGUGAAGUGAGCAUGGCUAGGAAUGACGAAAAGCAGAGAAACAUCAUCAAAAUGAAAACGAUGAAGGAUGUGGAAGAGCGGGAGCUGAAACACAGAAAGGCUAUUGAAGAAGCAAAGAAGAAUAAUCAAAAAGCGAUACAGUUUCUGAAGCAAUCUAUGGCUAAAGUGCGUAAAGAAGAAGCAGAAAAGGAACUCCUGAUGAGAGAAAACCUGCAGAAGAGAAUACAAGCAGUCUUGUCGUUAAAGAAAAGCAUUUCAGCAAACCGAGAAAAUUUACGAGCAAUAGAAGCCCGAAAUAAAUCCAUGGAAGCAGAAGAAAAAGCACGUGAGGACAGGAUGAAAGAAGCUGUGAUAUUAGAGGGUGGAAAUGUGAUACAAUAUUUGCAUGACCUUAAAAAGAUGAAGUAUUUGGAGAAAAAGAAACAGGCAUUUGUCGACUAUCAGAAAGCGGGGAAGUUGGAGAUUAUCACUAAACUUCUAAAGGAAGAAUCCAACGCAGAAAAGAAAAAGGUCACACCUCAGAUCUUCUCACAGACUUUGAAGAGUGAGGAUACGAAGUUCUACGAAUGGAAGUCGCAGAGAAAACUGAUGAAGUACUUAGAGAAAAUGUAUGGAGAUGAUGCGCCACCAAGUACUAGUGAAAAACAUUGGCGAUUUCCAUCACCUCUGUCUGAAGCAGCGAGCACGCCACAGAGACCUGAUGCUUUCACACCAGAAUCUGUUGAGUACGAGGAUGAAGAGACUAUUGAACAGCCUGAAUAUCUGGGACUUUGGGAACAGGAACUGAAAUCACACCAGGUUAAAGAUGAUGGCAGCAGCAAAUAUCCAGGCACCAGCAAAAUGGAACGAGACAUCAUCAAACGUAAGCUGGAAAAGCAAAGAAGGAGCAUCAUACAUAAACAAGUAGUGGCUGGGCGAGAGUUCAAAGGCUCCCCCUUCUACAGCAAACCUGAUAUUAUUCAAUUCAAGAACUUUGACAUAGGAGAAACGUACAAGAUGGAAGUGUUGCUGAUGAAUGUUUCAUACAGCAUGACUUUUUGCAGGCUGGUUGACAUCAGUGACAACCUGAAAGACUUCAUCAGUGUUGAAUUCAAGCCUCCAGGUCAGAUAUCAGCCGGCAUGACUUGUAAAAUGUUAGUGACUUUCAAACCUAUGAUUACUGAAGACCUGGAAGGGGAAGUGAUGUUUCUGGCUCAGACUGGCCCCUUUUCUGUGCUUCUUAAAUGUGCAACUAAAAAAUGUGAUCUCUUUGUGGAUAAUAACUUCAUUGAUUUCGGAACUUAUGUUGUUGGCGAGACAGUUACACGUUCUAUAACACUGACCAACCGAGGAGCUCUGGGCACACACUUUCAGUUUGCAAAGUUAGAUCUUCCCAAGGCGAAUCCCAAGAUAACAGUAGAAUUGAGUAAUUCUGCUUAUUCAGCAAAAAAAAGUUCACCAGAUUCCGAUGCUAAAUCUUCAAAGACCGCCUAUCAGUCAUCAACUUCAUAUCAACAGCCACUUUCCCCAAGGUCCGAGACAAAGUCAGUUCUAAGCGAACAGAAGGACACAGAUUCGGUUCAAGAACUUUUUAGCCAUCAGGGGUCAGUCGCUGUCAUCGCGAGUCCAACAAGUGGAGAAGUGACUGAAGUUCCAGGAAACUCUCCCGAAUUGCAUGAUCCCGAAGAGCAGGAGACUGAGAUCAGAAUUGGCCAGGUCUCUGAAGGUGAUAUCAGACCAUUUACAUCAGUCAAGCUGCAGAUCCUUUUCUUGCCAGCUAUCCCUGGUGAAGUGCAGACAGACUUUGAGAUCAGUUUCUCUGAUACACAAUCUAAGAGCAUCCCCAUUAAGGUUCAAGCAAAGGCCAUAGAUGUCCCAGUAUCAGUGAUAAAACCUAACGUAGAUCUGAAGAUCUGUAUGUACGACCGGCUUUAUCAAGACUCCAUUCUUACUCACAACAGGGCAACCACAGCACUGCAGUUAACAGUCGAAGUGUGUAAAGAAUUGAGAAAUCACAUAGAACUCCUACCCAAAACAGGUUACAUCCAAGCACAAUCCAGCUUUAGUUUUCAACUCAAGUUCAAACCUAGGCAAACUUUAGCAGAAGAUGCAAAAAAUUACUUUGACAAGGAGACCAGAGUGCUGGAGGCACCCAUGACCAUUUGGGUGGCAAAUCAGAUCAUGCCUGUUCCGUUUACUGUUCAUGCUAUUGUCACCAACUCGGACUUAGAGUUCAAUCAGAACGAGAUUGACUUUGGCAUCUGUUCAAUCCACGAGUCUGUGUGGACCACUGUCCUGCUUCAAAACAAAUCCAUCUUGCCCCAGCAAUUUGGAUUCAUUGAUAUUCCACAGUACAUAGAUGUGCAGCCAAACGAUGGUUUUGGAACAAUCUUACCUCUGGAGACAAUGAACAUGAACAUCAUAUUCAACGCUAAGCAAGCUAAAGAGUACAAAUUUGAACUGAUCUGCAAGUCCGAAAUCAACAGAGACUUCAAGAUUUCCUGCAAGGCUAUUGGUACCUAUCCUCCCUUGGAGCUGUCCCAUUCAGUGAUUAACUUUGCCGCUACAGCUUUGAACGAUUCAUCGACAGCGGUUUUGUACGUGAUGAAUAACCAUACCAGCCAAAACGAGUUUACCCACCCUGUGCCCAGGAUAGGAAGAGGAAAAAUAGCUCCGGUUGGACCCACAUCAUUUGAGUUCAUUGUUCCAAAGGAUUCCAAUUUGACCAUCACGCCUUCCGUUGGAACAGUACUGCCAGGAAAGAAAUGCAUGGUGCAAGUGCUCUUUAGACCUGUAUUGACACCAUGGGAGAUCCAACAGGAAGCUGUACAACUGCUGUACCAAAUAGCAGAGCUCAGAGGGUUCCAGAAUAGAGGUGUAUCCAGUGCCAUCCAAGCCACAGAGUCAGACACCCAGAGCAAAUCAGGACAAAAGAGUUUGAAAGACAAUAGCCCCAUCUCCACAAAAACACACGUCAGAGAGCCGAAGAGCAAAUCUGCAAUGUAUAAGGCUCCCAAAUCAGAAAGUAUUAAUGAAGAUUCUCCGGAAUAUGCUUCAGGUUACGUUUCAUUAGUGAGGAAUUUCAACAGCCAGCUCAAUAGUUUUACCAUUCCUUGCUUUGUUGCAUAUGGUCAAACAACAGAGCACAAAGACCCAGGUUACCUCCCUUACAGCAUCCACAACACUCUGUAUCUGGAGGUGCAUUGCCCGCGAGUAGCCCCACCACUGGUUCUCAUUUCUGGCAACAAGCAAAAUGCAGUCGUGUUUGGAGAUGUUGCAUUUGGGCAGAGAAUGGUCAAACAGGUCAAGAUUCAGAAUAUUUCCGAAGACUAUCUGGAAUUGAAAUCAUCAACUCUGGACCCUAAUGGACCUUUCUUAGUGUUGAAUGCUCUUCGACCUCUUCAGCCAGGAAAUACCCACACACUCAUUAUCGCCUUCUCACCAACAGAGAGCAGAGUGUACUUUGAGCCUCUGGAAAUACUCACUGAAAAAGCAACGCUUCCCAUAAACCUAUCUGGGACAGGUGUGAAACCAUCAAUAAAGUGCUCAGUGGAAGGAGUAAUGAACAUAGGAUAUACAGUCACGAAUCAGAUCAAAACAGCAACUUUUCAGCUGCAAAAUGACUCCACCCUCGACGUGGAUUUCGUCAUGAAGCUGGACAGUCUGUCUUAUGGCAAGCACAAAGAACAGCAAUUGCUGCCAGCCUUCUUGGAGCUAAAAGAAAACCCGACUUUAAUAGGUGUUCAGAACUAUGGUGCCCAAAGCGUCUUCAGUGUGUCUCCAGUUAACGGUUGCUUAAAAGCUAAGCAGAGUCAAGAAUUUCAAGUCACUUUCUACCCGGACCACGAAAGUCUGCAUUACUCGGAUGGUCUAAGUGUGGAACUGUUUGGUACGGUUUCUCGCGUGAUACAACUCAAAGGAGCUGCAAGAGACAGCCUGGCAUAUGUUGAAGGAGGAGACCCAGUGGAUAUCUCAUCUGAAUCUCUAACAAUCCUACCCAAAUAUGGUGAAUCAGGGCAGCCAGUGGAGACAAAGCCAGUCUUGCUGAUCCUCAGGAGCGUGCCGAGUGAUAACAAGUUCACCACAGCUGUUCGGGAAUUCCGGGUCGGGUGUAUCCGAUCCAACAUAUCCACUACUAAAAAGAACGUUGAGUUGUACUUUGACAGCUUGCAAGGACUUCAAGCAAAGGGAUUCAAUAUUGAUCCAACUAGAAUCUCAGUGGAUGCCGGGAACUCGAGGACGAUUACUGUGAGCUGGUUGCCAUCUAGUGGCUAUGAUCAUUGUGAACCCACCAAUAUCAAAAUUGGAAGUCAGGACAUCCAGGUUCCCUGCAGAAUAAUGUUCCUUCUAUAAUCACCUGCUAAGAUUCCUCGCCACCUGACUGUGGAUGAACACCCUCUACUGUAAUUGAAGCACUUUGAGAUGGCUCAACAACAUGAUGCGGCGCUAUAUUAAGUGCGAGGAUUAGUAGAAGCAGUAGUUAUGACUUCCAUUUAUCACAUUGGCUGUGUUUUUUGGACAUGAUUG